AUGGUGACCCUAUCAGGGGAUGAAAACAUUGCCUGCGACCAAACAUGCAAGAAGGCUUUAUACUAUUUUAUUGGAAAUGUUCACUACUACAUAUUUAUCAUAGGAUUUAUGGUGAGAUUCUAUAGACACAGGAACAUUGGGAAAUACAACCUUAAAUCACCCAGACCAAACACUUAUGUCCUAAAAAUAUUAUUACAAUGCAUCCUAGCUCUCUAAACUUUUACAAUGAUUUAUGACAUCUCUCCAUCAGAUCAUACAUAUGAGAACCUUGGUCUAGUCUACAUUGUUUAUGGACUAGUCUGGAUGUUGAGUAUCUACCUGUAGUUCUUUGAAUAUAAGAGAGGUUUACCUCAUGCCUGGUAUACUCAUCAGAGUUUUUGGAUUCUUGCGUUUAUUAGUAAUUUGACUCUUUUCCUUGUCCUCAUUCUUGACUAGGAGAAGCUAUUUGACUUUGGCAACCUUGAGUUUAUGACUAGAGGCUAGAAAAUAAAAUCUAUUGUGUGCUAUAUGAUUGCUGUAUUAUGCUCUGCAGCUCUUUCAUAUUUAGGAGUCAGAUACAAGAGGGAGUUCCCUUAAUUUCUAAGAAACUAUCUUCCUCCCUCUGAUAAAAAUGCUCCAUAUAAUAUAUAAUACGCUGAUGCUAAUGAAGCUCUCCUUGGAAAUGAUGUACCUAGAGCAUCCUACAAUCUUUCUGCGUCUAUAAGCAGAAUGCCUGGAAUCAAAGCAACUGUAUAGAGUUAUGCAGUUGAACAAGGCACAGUUAAUUUCAAAAUUUUGAUUUAAAAAGACAACGUUACCCAGAAAAAGCUUAAAAAGACAUAUAAUGAUUUUCUCGAGCUAGAUUAGAUUAUUGAGACUAAGUAUGCAAAAUACAUAAGAGAAGGCAUAAUGAAUAAAAUUGAACUUCCUAAAAGAGAUCAAUACAACUUUGAUAUUAUUCAAAGUUUGGAGCAGUACAAGAAUCAGCUGAAGGCUUAUCUUGACUCAUUGAGUAAUGAGCCCAACACAAAGAUCAAUGAAGAGUAGAAGGAUGAUUAAACUGAAAGAACAAAUGCCAAUGAAAAUCAUCAGAACACAUUAGGUUGCAAUUACAUACCAAAGGAAUUGCUUAUUUUCUAUGACAUUGAUCUCAGACUAGUUGAUCCAAUUAUGCUAUACCAAGACUCUUUAUUGAAUCAAUAGGCAUUGUCUUAGGACAUGAACGAGAGUAACCUCUAUGGAAAAGAUCUCGACUUCAUAGUUAAGAAAACAGAUGAUAUCAAAUCUGAUGUUCGAAAUUUUCUGCUUAAUGUUCUAAAAAGAGAAGAACUUUACAAAGUAAAAGUUGAUUGUAUUCAAAAGAAUAUGGCUUCUUCCUUUGAUGAAACUCAAAACUUAGCCUAAACUGAAACUGAGAGCGUCAUAUUUACAUUUCAGAUAAAUAACUGCUUUGUGUUCAACAAAACUUUGAGAGAAGUAGAGAAAUUCUGCAAGGACAUGAUAGCUGAUAUUAAGAAUCCGCUUAUCUAGCCUAUGAAUGACUUGUUCAGUUUUUGCUACCUUCUAGAAGAUGGCAAUCAUAAUAACUCUAGAAUUACAAGUUAAAACGCUGAGGGUCAAGCAAGAGUUUCAGGAAAUCUAACAGGUCCUCAAAAUACAAGUGGUAAUGAUACUAGUAGGCGCUACAGAAUAUUAUAUUAAGAACUGGAGUAAGCAUGUUAAUAACUAGAAGGCUACUUCAAACUUCUUUUGAAUGACCCAGACUUUUACAAUGACACCAUAUUCAAAUUCUUUAACAGUCACUAACUCUUUGUCUUAUUCCCCUUCGUGGCUAUAUUCAAAGAAUAAAACAGACAUCUAGUUUAACUUCAAAAUUCUAUUGUGUCUAAACCUAGAUAGCAUUAAGUUCAAUAGUCUGAAGAUACUUAAUAAUCAAACUUCUCUGCAAAUCACAAUGUUGGUUCUCACAUGCAAAUGGAUGAAAUAAUUGAGGAAGAUGAAGAUGAAUCCUCAUCUCCAUUUGUAUUUACUCAGUAAAAAUCAAGCAACCCAUCACAAAGAAUAACCGGCCCUUAAAGAUAUGCAAAUGAACUUAAGCUUGUGGGUAAAAACCUAAGUAUAAUGGGAUUUAUCGGUCUAUCAGUCACUUGCAAGGUUAUAAAGCAUCAAAUUCAGAUCUUUGGAACCCAUCCAACAAAUCUAUUCACUAUUUAAGUAACAAAGAAAUUCCCUAAGCCAUCUGAUAGGUCCUAAAUGGUUGAGGAAUAGUGGAACAUCAAGCUUGUAAUUUCAAACGUGAUAUAGUUAGCCAAUGACUUGAAUAUCAAAUAUAUAAAUCGAGACAGAUAACUCCCAUAGUUACUAUUAUCGCUAAUGGAAUAUCAGAACUAGGUCAAUAGCAUUUACCAAAAUGAUUCCAAGCUUGAAGAGCUGGAGGACUAUCUAAAUCAGUUAUUGUCCAAGGAUACCGUUCUUUACAGUCCAGCUCUCAGAUCUCUCUUCUAAUUUGACAAUUUGAUUAAUAAAAAGUUAUUGAAGCAGGGCAGAAGUAGCAAUACAGAUCCCUUCAAAGAUAAACAUACCAUGAAUAACAUGAUGGGAGAUGCACAGCAUAAAAACUUAGCCGCUAUGUUUGGGAAGUCUUCUUCGAGAAGAUAGAUUGAUGAAGAGAUAGGCAUCAUUGAGACUGAUGGCUAGCUUGAAGACUAUUUUGAUGCAGACAAGGAGGAUCCUUUUAGAAUGAAUGACAAAGAUGACUAAACACCAAAAAACAACUCCUUCCUGGUAAGUGGUCUAAUUACCAAGAAUCAAAAGAACUAGAAUCAAAUAUUCCAAGACUCUGAUGAGGACGAGCUUGACAAUAUGAACAACUCAACUGGAAUGUUCGCCAGGUCACCACCAUAAAAGAAGAAGGAAUCUGGGAUGAUUGGGAAUUUCCCUCUGGCUAAGGAUUACUUCAAGGAGAUUGGAGAAGGAGAUGUUUGA